UGUUCUCUUGUCGGCCUCACCUGCACAUCUUCAUUGUUACUUCUUGUCAAAAAUUUCAUUAUCUAUCUGAGGGUGCAGAUGUCAAGUUGCUAUGACAACUUCCUUCUUCCACUUUUUUUAGUUGUGCCGAGUGGUUGUGUCUGAUAAUGAAAUCAAGACUUAUAGAGAAAUGAUGAAAAUGAAUGGUGUGACCAAUGGGAGUGACCCUGGCCUUGCCCUACAAGGUUUGACUGUCCAGGGCAGCAAUAACAACCCCGACAACAGACCCGUGGAGGAUCCAGCACAAAAGAGGGGCAGGCCAGGACAGAUAAUAGACAUCAGGUCUAUGAUUAAUGAAGCCACAAAACUGAAUGCAGAAGAGGGGAUAGAUGGUCAGGAUCGUCUUUUGAAGCCUCUUGGAGGCUACGUUGGUUAUAACAGUGAAUGGAGGGAAUUAGCUCAAGUCAUAAGUAGGGAUAUUUAUUCAGAAAAUCCCAAUGUAAAGUGGGAUGAUAUCAUUGGUUUAGAAGAAGCUAAACGAUUGGCUAAGGAGGCUGUAGUUUAUCCAAUUAAAUAUCCCCAGCUGUUUAAAGGUAUUCUCUCCCCCUGGAAGGGGCUGCUGUUAUAUGGUCCUCCUGGUACAGGGAAGACCCUGCUUGCCAAAGCAAUAGCCACAGAGUGUAAUACAACAUUCUUCAAUAUAUCAGCCUCCAGUAUAGUCAGUAAGUGGAGGGGCGACUCCGAAAAACUAGUCAGG